UAUUCUGGAAUUCCAAAAAAAAACACAUUCAUUUGAAUAAAUCUCCAAAAAUAAAUCUUGACUAUAAUCUUACCAUUACUCCAUAAUUCUAUACAUACACCACUUGUAUAAUCCUCCACGUAAGAGCAUAAGCGCUUAAUCAACCGGGGUAGUAGACGCAGUACUAUCUACCCCUCGCAUCAAUCCCACCUUCUCUCCCUCUCCAUUGUCAUGCCAAUUGUGCCCCAUUCCCUUGUCACAUCAUGAAUAAUUUACGCCCGUUACGACCACGUUUCACGCGAGAUACGUAAAGAUCCUUUAAAAAAAAAGAAAAAGUACGGCAAGCAAUGCGGCUGAUCGUGAUUGGCAUUUUCAAAAGGACAUUUUUCACUUGACAAAUCAAAGCGAUUCGAUCAAAGAGUUACGAUCAAAGAGCGUGAACAUAUUAUCUCCGCAACGAGAGAGAGGAAAUUUCUUUAGAAGAAAUAUUCUAGAGAAUAUUUCUUUUCACCUCGGCCAUGCGAUCGACUCGGGACAUCUCGAUAAUUUGGACGAGUUUCCUGAUGAAAAUAGUCGGGUUGUGGUUGGCCGCCGAUCGGGACGAGCAACGUCGAAGGGAUUUCGCGUUGAUUUACACAGUUGGCGCGCUUUUCAUUAUCGUGUGCAUCGGUUUCAGGGAUAUUUACUUCACUUGGGGAAACUUCAGCGACAGCGUUUACAUAUCUUGCAACAAUUUGUACCUGAUGAUCGUGGUGCUCAAGGUGGGUGUGUUGUACGCGCACAAAAUGGAGUUCUUCGACCUGGUCACGUUCACGAGAAACAAUUUCUGGCGCUCGUAUCCCGACCCGGAAGAGGAAUUAAUAUUGGCCGAGUGCAAGAGGAUAUGCACCAUCUUCGUCGUUGUAAUCAGCUUCUGCGCUCAGGGCACUUGCACCGGUUACAUGAUCACUCCGAUAAUAGCAAAUGUGGGAAGGAACGAAUCUGACAGGGAAUUGCCGUUCAACUUGUGGGUCGAUCUUCCUGUAGGAUUGUCGCCUUACUUCGAGAUCCUUUUCACCGUGCAGAUACUUUGCGUGUACCACGUCGGCGUGUGUUACAUCUGUUUCGAUAAUUUACUGUGCAUCGUGAAUCUUCACGUGGCCGGCCAAUUUCGCAUACUGCAACACCGACUGAGAAAUUUGAACGUCGCCGUAACAGGCGAUCGUGAGUCCUAUCGCGCGAACGUUUGCCACGCGAAAUUGAGGAGCUGCGUGAUUCGUCACCAAACGUUGACCAAGUAUUGCAAACAAUUGGAAAACAUAUUCACGAUAAUCGUGCUCGGCCAAGUGCUGUUCCUCGCUCUUGUCAUAUGCCUCGUGGGAUUCCAAUUAUUUCUGAUGGACACGCCUGCCUCGAGAAAGGUCAGUUUAACGUUGAAUUUCGCCGGCACCCUCUGCCAACUUUUAAUGUUCACGUACAGUUGCGACGAUCUGAUAAGGGAGAGCGUGAACGUGGGCAACGCGGUGUUCUCGGGGCCGUGGGCGGAAUUGCCGAUGGACAAAGUUGGACGAGUUGUGCGAAAAAAUCUGAUAAUCGUCGUGGCGAGGUCGCACAGAGUUUGCUGCUUGACGGCCGGCAAAUUUUUCCCCGUCUCCCUCGAAACCUCUACCGCGGUGCUGAGCACGGCAAUGUCCUACUUCACGCUGUUGAAACAUUCCUCCCUAAAGAUGGAAAAUACCACAUUCGGAAUGAGCUCGAACAAGGUUGGUGGGGAUCUCUCGAUCACCGUCAUGACUUUUUACAUGAAGAUCGUCGGAUUUUGGAUAGCGAGCAAUUACGUGGAGGAACGUCGAAGAAAUUUGACUAUAAGUUACACGUUCUUCGCAAUCUUCUUCGCAAUGGCGACCGAGGCCAGGGAUCUGUACUUCAGCUGGGGAAAUUUUGGCGAUAGCAUUCUGAUCAUAUGUAAUCUCGUAACAGUAAUUCUGGUUUUAUUCAAGAUUUCCAUCUCGUUAAUGUACAGAAAUAAGCUGCACAAGAUAAUACAAUACGCGAAAACGAACUUUUGGAAUUUAAAGUACGACUUGCACGACGAGCAAAUAAUUAUAAAUACAUGCAAACGUUACUCCACCUUCUUCGUUUGCAUUUUCACAUUCUUCUCUCAGGGGACAGUCUUCUCUUUCGUAAUAAGAUCACUUAAGGAAAAUAUAGGGAAAAAUGAAACGGAGAGAAUACAUCCAUUUAAUUUGUGGCUCGAUGAAUCAUGGUACAUGACACCUUACUUUGAAAUGGUAUUUAUCAUAGAGAUAUUGUCUUUGUAUCACGUUGGCGUAUGCUAUCUCUACUUCGACAAUUUUAUGUGCAUCAUAAAUCUGCACAUUGCCGGUCAGUUUCGCAUAUUGCAACAUCGAUUUUCAAACGUGUGCAAUGAAAUGUGCGAAAAGUGUUGUUACCAACUUUCGAGAAAAUCACCUUACCUUAGUAUAUGCAAAUACGCCAAGCUUAAAAUUUACAUUCGACAGCAUCAAACGCUCAUCGAAUAUUGCAGAAAGCUCGAAAUGGUGUCAAAUUUCAUAAUAUUCGGACAAGUGUUGCUUUUCAGCUUGCUAAUAUGCCUCGAUGGAUAUUUAAUACUUAUGGAAGACACGUCUAAUAUGAGUCGUCUAAUUUUCACGUUUCAUUUAAUAAGUUGCAUGUGUCAACUGCUAAUGUUCACCUACAGUUGCGACUGUUUGAUACGAGACAGUACGAACAUAGCUAACGCUACGUACAACAGUUUAUGGUCGUUCAUGCCGAUGGAUAAAUACGGGAAAAUGUUGCGUAAAGACUUGAUACUUGUCAUCAUGAGAUCGAAAUCGCCCUGUUACCUCACCGCAUUGGGAUUCUUCCCCGUCUCUCUCGAGACGUACAUCAGCAUUCUAAGUACAGCUAUAUCCUACUUUACCUUGCUGAGAAAUCGUGCGGAGCAAACAAUCAUGAAUGACGCGUAAUUAACAUAUAUACAUAUAU